AUACGAAAUUUCGGGCAAGGAGAGGCCUCUGUUAUAUGGUUCAGUUCGAAGUUGUGGCAAACACCUUUAUAGCUUGGUUUAUCUUUACUGCGGGGCCCACUAUGGGUUUGGAGUCAUGCUAGCUGAAGGGUCAAUACCCUUCUGAUACUGGAUUCUGCAUAUUCUGCUGCGACACAAAUUGACUGAUUGUUUUUCAAUAUCACUUUGCUUAGUUUCAUAUCUACCACGAAAACAUAUAACAAAUCUUUUCUCCCGUUGAGCCUAUCAAGAAGAUGAGAGCCUCUUCAUCAACGACCAACUCAAGCAGUAUGUCGCCAGGGGGGGAGCACCUGGUAACCCUCCCGCGACGUAAUCAGUUUCGUAUUCUUACUGACGGAAAGUCGGUCUUUACGCACACGGAUGCGCGCCAGGCAUACAGCGGCUGCAGCCACUGGUUCCAGUUCGGCACUCGGGAUGUCGUGGCACUGAGUUGCAGUUCAGGUGCCAUUCAGCUCUGGAAUUUCAGCCCCGGAAGCACGGAGCUGCUCGGAACGGUGGAAGGUGUGUGCAAUCAAGCUGUUGCAGCGAUGGUUGCACACCCUGGUAGAAACAGCAUUUUUGUAGCGACGAAGGGUUGUAUAAAGGAAAUUGACGUAGACAGCCGAGAGGUGAAGCAGACGAUCAAAACAAAAAAGGAUCCGGUCUUGCGUCUUGCCUGCGGUGAGGAUCGUCUAGUGGCUGCCUCCGCGACGAAAAUUCGGGUAUACUUACGAAAAUAACAUAAAAGUUUUCUUCUGGAAAAAAAGCUACAAAUAGUAAUCAAAUGUAUACUCUGAAAGGUCAUGCUGAGUUGAAUGCCGAGGUCUGAUCACUUCAUCGUCAAUAUUUUUGAUCUCACUGUUGCAUAAUAGUUAUGGAUGACAAUAACCUAACCUAACCUAAUACGUUUUCUUCUGUCCAGGUAUUCACAGUAGCAGAUGGUGCAUGUAUUGAUAAACAUGCGUCGACGCUGCAUGCGUGCACAGAUAUUGCACUCAUGGGAACGAAAAUUGCCGCGUGUGACUCAAGCGAAACCAUCACAAUGUACACUACUACUGCAAAAUUUUAUGUUGAAGAUCGUUAGUUGUAUCUAUUGUGAUAGCUGUGGUCGCCGGUGUCGAGAAGAACUUUCACACCCCUUUUCAUUAUAGCUGGUGCACACAAAAAAAUUGAUGUCGCUCUGCGCAAAUCCCACAGAAAAAGUUUGGAUUGAUUGAAUCUUCUCUACAACGUCCACUUUAGAUACGACUAUGCGGACUCAUCGUUUAGCAGCAGCCUGCGAACGAGUGGACAAACGCCCUUGCGACGGUUGACGCAAAGCGGAAGCGCGCUUGUCGCUUUGAGUGCGGACGCCACGCGUGGUUUUUUCUGGAAUAACGUAACGGCAACAAAAAACAAUGUUCCACUUGCGGCGUCCAGCGAGUUCGAGGCAGAGGAACCAGUACUGCAUCAAAUAUUAUGCACUCUAGAAUAUAUUGUGUAUGUGUUUUACCAGCCGUCCUUGAGGUCCAUCAGCUAUCCGCUUGACAUUGUCGAUAGCAACGGCUUCUCGUUCUCCUCGUAAAUUGAUUGUCUUUUGAACACUUCAGAUUCUGAGUUUGCGACUGACCGAUGGACGUGCUGGGAGCGGCAUUGCUGUGCUUGGCGCAGCGAUCCAUCCGGGCGUUGUGGAAGUAGAAGAUUUUCGUGCGAAGGGACUCGUGUUACGACGCGGCACUGCCAGCAAGCGCGCUUUGGCUGGUGAUGUCGAAGAAACGACGCGACCCGCCAAAGUGCAGGUUACCGCUGCGACGAAAGUGGCAAAGAGCGGAGCCCAGCCGCUUAUCACCGAGGUCGCGCGGCAAGAAAUGCAACGGGCAGAAGCGGAAAUCGCAAGUCAGCGCGUCGAGCAGAAAAAAUCCAUAGCUGGCGUUGUGUCUCUGGCGCCUUUGGUUCGCCAGUACUUGAAGUCGCAGGAUGCUACCGGUACUCAGUCUAUUUUGCACCAACCGCUAAAUCUUCUACAGGUGAUAAGUAUACGUAAAGAAUCUCAACUGAUGCUUCCGACCUCAUGUUUCGACAAUACUGAAGACAGGCUUCUCAUCAUUCUAAUGCCCUUGAAAAUACAACACAACAGUACUUGCGUCGUGUCUCGCGCAAGCGGAUCGCAAAGUUGUCACGCGUUCCUGCCAGGAACUCACUGGACAGGAGGCCUUCGCGUGGUCGCUCGAGUGUCAGCGAUUACUUUUCACACAACCGAGCAAAUGCAGCUUGCUCCUGGAGUGGGUACGACAGGUGCUAACGCAGCACUGCAGCUUCCUGCUGAGCAACCCAGAACUGAAGACUCAGCUGCAGCCACUCUAUCGACUAGUUCAAGAAAGGUUGGAAGCCAGUGAACCUCUCCAAAGGAUUCAGGUACCCACAUGACUUGUGAAACGAAAUACCUUGCGCUCUUGGCAUUUGAUAUCGUUUUUCUAAUUCAGCUCUUCCUUUCAACAAACCGAAUUGACGCAUCCAUUUUUCCCCCUAUCGUUCAGUCAGGACUAUCAAUUACUUACGGAACUUGAAAAUUUUUGUUACCUCCAGGGCAAGAUCGAUUUGUUGCUCUGCACUGCUCGCGAGCGAAUGCAAGCUCCAGAAACGCAGGAACCGCUUCGGAAAUUCGAAGAAGGAGCUGAGGAAAUUAGCGACGCCGCCGAGGCAGAUGAGGCCUCGGAGGACUCCUCAGACGGUGAUGAUGACACAGACCCAUUAUUGGAUGACGACGAUUUCCCACUCGAGGAGUUCAUGUAAGUCGAAGAAAGGCUCCGUUCAUCUUACGUACUUACGCUGCUUCUUUCUCUGCCUGUAGAUAAUUUCGCUUGAAUGUUAUGGUCCAACGCAGAACGUGGGUAUGCCGCGACAGAUUUGACGAGCAUUGUUAAAAAAAGCGCACUCAAUGAAGUGUAAUCGGGAAACCUAGAAAUCGUAGAAUGGGUCCUUUAUUG